AUGGCUGAAGAUCAACCUAAGAGGUUUACUCUCGAGGAUUACUCUAGCUCAACCGUGCCACAAUUCUUCACAAGUAUAGCACGGUCGGAAGUUCAAGCACACAACAUUACUUAUCCUUAUUCAUUAAUACAGUUAAUUCAGGGAAACCUAUUUCAUGGCUUGCCAAAUGAAGACCCGUAUGCACACUUGGCCACAUACAUUGAGAUUUGCAAUACAGUGAAGAUUGCCGGUGUGCCUGAAGACGCAGUGAGGCUAAGUUUGUUCUCUUUUUCAUUAUCUGGGGAAGCCAAGAGGUGGUUACACUCAUUUAAAGGAAAUAGCUUGAAGACUUGGGAUGAAGUGGUUGAGAAAUUCUUAAAAAACUUGCUGCGAAAAACACCGACUCAUGGAUUCUCCGAACCAAUUCAUCUUAAUAUUUUCAUAGAUGGGUUAAGGCCACAGUCCAAGCAGUUAUUAGAUGCUUCUGCUGGAGGAAGGAUCAAAUUAAAGACCCCUAAAGAAGCUAUGGAGAUUAUUGAGAAUAUGGCUGCUGGAGGUUGUAGCAUAUGUGGAGGAACUCAUGAGUCUGGGUGUUUUAUACCUCUUGAAGAGGCUUCACAAGAAGUGAAUUAUAUGGGAAAUCAGCCCAGAUCGGGAUUUAAUGCAGGUGGAUUUGCAGGAGCAAACACUGAAAAGAAUCCAAAAGAAGAGUGCAAAGCUAUCAUGACCCGGAGCAAGAAGGCAACCAUGGUGGAGAAUGAAGGGAGGGUUAAUGAAAAGUCAGAGCUAGUGACUGAAGAAGGAGAAGAAGAAAAGGAAAAAGAAGAAGAUCAGUUGAGGGAGAACAAAAUAAAUGAUGCACCAUACCCUCUGGUGCCAUCAAAGAAAGACAAGGAGCGACAUUUGGCUUGUUUCCUUGAUAUCCUCAAGAAAUUAGAGAUAACCAUUCCCUUUGGAGAAGCCCUACAACAAAUGCCACUCUAUUCCAAGUUUCUAAAGGAUAUGCUGACCAAGAAGAGCAAAUAUAUCCACAGUGAUAAUAUUGUAGUGGAAGGAAACUGUAGUGUUGUGAUUCAAAGAAUCCUUCCACCUAAAUACAAGGAUCCAAGGAGUGUCACAAUCCCUUGCUCUAUUGCUGCAGUGUCUGUUGGUAAAGCUCUCAUUGAUUUGGGGGCCAACAUAAAUUUGAUGCCUCUCUCCAUGUGCAGGAAAAUUGGAGAGUUGGACAUUAUGCCAAUUGGAAUGACACUACAACUGGCAGACAAAUCAAUUACAAGGCCAUAUGGAGUGAUUGAAGAUGUUCUAGUCAAGGUGUAG